AUGACAUCGCACGCCACGAUUACCAACAUCACUAAAGCCAUAACCACCACGGGAGACACUUGUAAGCAACUUGAGUCUCUAGCUGCUGAUCAAGGUGAUACCGGUGCUCAACAGAGUGCUCAAAAGCUUCGAGAUGCACGAGCGCGUUGGAUUCUAGCUUCUGGAGAACGAGCAGAAUCCGAAGCUAGAUCAAACUUCCAGACCACCUAUUCUGACAUUCAAGAAGUUUACGGAAACAGAUUCGCAGCGUUAAAGCUUAUGAAAAUCAGCCAACAGUGA